AAUUUAUGACACUUAAGAAAAUCUAUAGCAAAAAACUUUGCUCACCCAUACAUUUUCUCUUCUACACAAACAAGCAAACUCAACUUCUCUUUAUAAAUACAUUUCUAUAACUACAUAUCUUUCCAAUAUCAAAACAACAACUUUUACUUACUUUUGUAAAAACUAACAUUUUUACUACUUAUUUGCAUAUUCAUUCAUUAUAUUGUGUUUUCACACUUCUAACAUUGCACAAAAAAAAACACACACAUGACACAUCCAAUGUCUCUAAAAUUUCAUUUUCUCAUACUUGGUCUUACCAUUCUUUUUUCUUCGUUUUCUCAUGUUUGUCUUUCUAGCUACCCUUUGCCUGAACAUAAUUCUAAGAAUUACAUUACAAAUUCUUCUUCUACUAACAACAUUAUUCAAGAUGAUUAUGAUGUGAGUUACGACGACGACGAUUUUGAUUCACAAUAUCUCGUUAAUUACGACACGGUGAUCCUAGACCGUAUCAAACAUUCACAUCGAGCUCGAUCCAGAGACCAUGCCCAUGCCCCUGCAUCUUCACCUUCAAGAAUAGUUAAUGUAGAUCAUUAUAUUAAGUCAGGAAGAAGAAGAGAUCACACUAAGGCUUUUAAGAAAGCUUGGAAAGAAGCUUGUUACACGAAUGCUAGAGUUCUCCUGGUGCCCAGACAUAAGAAGUAUAGGCUCAGGCCGAUUAAGUUCUCCGGACCCUGUCACUCUCCCCUUAUAAUAAAGAUAAAAGGGACAAUUGAGGCGUCUACCAAUAUAGCAAAUUACAAAAAUCGACAACAAUGGCUUGUAUUCGAAAAUUUACGCAACUUCAAGGUUGAAGGUGGAGGUACCAUUGAUGGUAGAGGACAUAUAUGGUGGCAGAAUUCUUGUAAGGUCAACAAAACCAAGCCUUGUCAACAUGCGCCUACGGCUGUAACAUUUAUUGGAUGCAAAAACUUCAUAGUAGAUGGACUGAAGAUAACGAAUGCUCAACAAAUGCACUUGACAUUUCAAAAAUGUGCAGCUGUAAGAGCUUCAAAUAUAUUCAUAAGAGCACCAGGGAAUAGUCCUAAUACUGAUGGAAUUCAUGUCACUGAGACGAGAAACAUUCAAAUUACAAGAUCUCUUAUUAGAACAGGUGAUGAUUGUGUAUCAAUAGUAAGUGGAUCAAAAGAUGUUCAAGUAUCAGAAAUAACUUGUGGACCAGGCCAUGGAAUCAGUAUUGGAAGCCUAGGCAAAGGUCAUUCAAAGGCCCAUGUUUCAAAUGUAUUGGUAAACAAGGCAAGACUUUCUGGAACACAAAAUGGAGUGAGAAUAAAGACUUGGCAGGGAGGCCAAGGAUAUGCAAAGAAUGUUGUCUUUCAAAAUAUCGUAAUGCACAAUGUUAGCAAUCCAAUAAUCAUUGAUCAACAUUAUUGUGAUCAGAAAACACCUUGUCCUGAAAUGAAAUCAGCAGUACAUGUACAAGAUGUAGUCUACAAAAACAUCAAAGGAACAAGUUUUACAGAAGCAGCCAUAAAAUUAGAUUGCAGCAAAAACCAUAAAUGUCGAGGAAUAGUGUUGCAAAACAUAGACUUGGUAACGAUAAAAGGAAAAAAAGCGGCAAAGGCUGAAUGUAAAAAUGUGGAAUUAUUUCACAGAGGGAAAGUUUCACCGGGAUGCUCUCAUGAAACUUAGAUGUAAUCAAUUAACAUACGUAUAGUUCUUACUUCUUAGUAUAGUUCAUGCCUUCGUGAUACCGUGUACAUAUAUAAAGAUAUUUGUUCAUAAUUGAUUGAUCAUUGGCCAAUA